AGGUCUGAGAGAUGGUGUUCGCUCGGUGCAAAGCACUGCUGGAUGGCAGUGACACAGAGACUGUGAUCUCUGGUUGCUGUUGUGCACCAGUGCAACGGGUGGCCGGUGGUUGGGUGGCAGCUGCCAACUACAAAUGUGAGGCCGCUGGGGCGGCCUUCACAGCCCGCUUCGAGGCCAGGGCAUCUUCGGAGGAUGAUGAAAGCUCCUCGAGUGAUGAUGAGGCGUCACCAGGAGAGGACUACGGAAAGAGCGACAGCAAGGACAAGAAAACAGGUGGCGGGUACCUGAAGAUCAGCGAGCUUCUCAAAGGAGUUCAGCUCUAUGAACUCAUGGGAAUCUCUGAGGGUGCUUCUCAGGACGAGAUCAAGAAAGCCUACCGAAGCUUGGCCUUGAGCGCUCAUCCGGACAAGCAGGCCACCAUGGAACCGGAAGAGGCCAAGAAGGUAGAGGAGAAUUUCAUCAAGAUCCAAGAAGCGUAUGAGCUUUUGUCGGACCCGGUGAAGCGCAAACAGUAUGAUUCCAGCUUGGACUUCGAUGAGAGUCUGCCCAAGUUCCGCCAGGGGGAUGAUUUCUUCGAAGUCUUUGGUGAGGCAUUCCGAAGGAAUGCGCGUUUCUCAGUGAAGAGGCCCGUGCCAGAUCUUGGCACAGCAGAGGACGAGCCUCGCAGCUGGAAACGUUUCUAUGACUUCUGGAAUGGCUUCCAAUCUUGGCGGGAUCCUGUGAUGCUUGCGCAGAAGGCGGGUGAGGAGAUUUGCGACCUUGCUGAAGCCGAGUGCAGAGAAGAAAGGCGAUGGAUGGUCAGGGAGAACGAGAAGGUGGCUCGAAAGUACAAGCAGCAAGAACGAGAUCGAAUUGCGAAACUUGUGAGCCUGGCCGAGUCUGCGGAUCCACGUGUGCAAGCGGAAAAGGAGGCCAAGAAGCAAGCGCGAGCAGCUGAAGCUGCGAGGAGGGAGGAGGAAAGGACCGCUGUGAAACGUGCGAAGGAAGAGGCCGAGCUCAAGCAGCGUAAGGCAGAGGAAAUUGCUCGGAAGGAAGAAGAGGAGAAGCGCAAGGCCGAGAAAGCCGCCAGGGACACCAUCAAGGAACGGGUGAAGAAAUGCCGACAGCGCCUCCGAGGCUUUCACCAGGCAGUCAAGGAGCACGUGGUGCUGGAACAGGUCAACGAGGUUUGCUUGCAGCUGAAGGAGGAGGAUCUAAGAGCCCUUGGCGACCGCCUUGAUCAAGCCUUGAAGGGUCAGGAUUCGCUGGCAGCUGCCGACAUCUUCCACGAGGCCAUCAAGUCCAUCGGACUGGUGCCCAUGAAGGUGGCGGAAGAUGAUGUGAGCACAACCAGCGGACCAACAGAUUCGCAAGAAGACUCUCAGGCUGCUGAGGAGCGGCAACAAAGAGAGGAACAAAAGAGACAGAGGGCUGCCGAGAACGAGGCGAAGAAGAAACUGGAACUUGAGCGACAAGCUGAAGAACGUGCCAAGGUCGCCGCUGAAAAGGCAGAGGAAAGGAAGAAGAAGGAGGAACAGCGCAAGAAGGAACAAGCAGCUGCAGAAGCUGCCAAGAGACAACAAGAGAAGAAAGAAGAGCAGAAAGCUCGGAAAGCUGAAGAGAAGCAGAAGAAGCAGGAAGAACAAGACAAGCUCCGAAAAGAACAGCAACGAGAAGAGUCCAGAUUGAAAGCCAUUGAGCAGUCAGAGAAGGACAAACAGCUGGCGCAGCAGAAAAAGCAGGAGAUGGAACUGGAGCGUCUCGUCCAGAUGUUCUCACAAGACAGAGUCAACAGGCUUACAAAGCUCGAGGCUCUGACAGAUGAGAAACUUUCUGCGUCCUUGCAAGAAGCGAUCGCCUCGGAUGCCUCGCUGGCCGGUGCGUUCAAGCUGCUCUCGGAGGCCGACCUGGAAGUGGACCGCGCCGUGGAUUGCGCGUUGGCCUUGGUCCAUCAGCUGGGCGUAUGGAGUCUGGGCCUGCCGACGCCAGCGCACAUCCGCCCGGAGAAUGCCCUGCGGAAUCGGGCCAAGAAAGGGCGGAAGCGUCUCAGUGACACCAUGGCCAACUUUUUGAAGUCGUGCCCAUGGGAUGAUGUGGAGAUGGCUUCUGCCUCCGAGUGGCAGAGGGGCAUCGUGGAUGGCUCUGUGGAGAUCCCUUUUUGGUCACAGGAGCUUACAUCGGAUCCCCCUGUCGAAAACACCGAAGCACGAGGUGAAAAGCCCGAGAGCAAGAAGGAGAAGAAGGGUAAAAACAAAAGCAAAGAGGCAGAAGAGGAUCUUGACCAAAUCCUGGCAGAGCUAGAGACACCUGGCUCCAAAAAAAAGGCGAAAAAAGGGAAGAAUUGACGCGCCCGAACUGGGACGGAGAGUCUCUUGAGGUCAUGGAUGUCAUGGUGACCCGAGACACAGCGAGACAUUGAGUUGUGAAUGUCGCGUGGUUCAAAUUGUAGAUAUUUUUCUAUGGGUGCCGAGUGUGGCAAAGCCGCACUCAAGCGGCACAAUUGUGUUAGGCUGGCCAGGUCGGCUGAAUGCUGACCUAGUCAGGUCAGAGAUGCUCAGAUUCGAAAUGAUUAAAGACAC